UGGGGCUCGCUGGCUGUUGCCUUGGUAACGGGAACUGUGGCGCCCCUCCGCUUCAUCCGGGUCACGGCCUGCCCACCAGUACCCCCAGUGUUCCCAGUCUGGCCCCUGGCCCCUGGCCUGUCCGCCGGUCUACUGCCCUUGGUGUCCCUUUCCUCUUGCCUGAUUUCUUCACUCUAACCUGACGACUGUUUUAGACUCUCCCUCCAGUUCCCAUCGGACGCUUCCAUACUCCAAGUUUUCCUAGGAAUGAGGGAAAAUGGAGGCACAGGCACAUGUGAAGGACCCCCCACCCCACCCUAAGAAAGCGCACUUGCUCUGUCAGAGCAACAAAUUUCAUGCCAUGUGGACAACCCCUGGGCACUAUAGCGAGCUAGUUUGGGCCACUCCCUUGGCAUCCUCUCAUGCCAGCUGUGGAAUAAUGCUCCUGUCUGGCACUGCCCCUGCCAGGGGUUCCUGCCUUUCCCAACUGUGGCUUUCAGAAAACAGUAGCAUUCGGUAGUGGCCCCCAACAACCAGAUGCCAGGAGAGAGAGAGGCUCCUGGGGGAGAGGACCAUUAGGGAGAGGGAGGAGGUAGAGAGGCCUCCAGGACUCUUCCCGGUGCCCCUGGUUCCAGGAGCUGGGGAUGCCUCUAGGGUGAUUGGCAGCUCUUUGUUUCAGCCCCCCCUCACCCGCCUGCUGGCCCCCCCCCUUCAACUCCCCCUUCCAGUCCCUCCGCCCCCCGCUCCUGUUCUCUCCGCCUAGCCUUUUCCCCUCCCAGCCGCCUGCCUGCCAGGGGUAGUGAGCCGGCUGAGCGGCAUGGAGACGCAGGAACUUCGGGGGGCCCUGGCUCUUCUCCUCCUUUGCACUUUCGCAUCUGCCAGUCAGGACCUGCAGGUGAUUGACCUGCUGACUGUGGGCGAGUCCCGGCAGAUGGUAGCUGUGGCGGAGAAGAUCCGGACAGCCCUGCUCACCGCUGGGGACAUCUACCUCUUGUCCACCUUCCGCCUGCCCCCCAAGCAGGGUGGUGUCCUGUUUGGCCUCUACUCUCGCCAAGACAACACACGAUGGCUGGAGGCCUCUGUUGUAGGCAAGAUCAACAAAGUGCUGGUGCGGUACCAGCGGGAGGAUGGCAAAGUCCAUGCAGUGAACCUACAGCAAGCAGGCCUGGCCGACGGGCGCACACACACGGCUCUCCUGCGACUCCGAGGCCCGUCCCGCCCCAGCCCUGCCCUGCAGCUCUAUGUGGACUGCAAACUGGGUGACCAGCAUGCUGGCCUUCCGGCACUGGCCCCCAUUCCUCCAGCGGAGGUUGAUGGGCUGGAGAUUAGGACUGGACAGAAGGCUUAUUUGAGGAUGCAGGGCUUCGUGGAAUCUAUGAAAAUGAUUCUGGGUGGGUCCAUGGCCCGGGUUGGAGCCCUGAGUGAGUGUCCGUUCCAGGGGGAUGAAUCCAUCCACAGUGCAGUGACCAAUGCACUCCAUUCCAUCCUCGGAGAGCAGACCAAGGCGCUGGUCACCCAACUUACCCUCUUCAACCAGAUCCUGGUGGAGCUGCGGGAUGAUAUCCGAGACCAGGUGAAGGAAAUGUCCUUGAUCCGAAACACCAUCAUGGAGUGUCAGGUGUGCGGCUUCCACGAGCAGCGCUCCCACUGCAGCCCCAACCCCUGCUUCCGCGGCGUGGACUGCAUGGAAGUGUAUGAGUACCCCGGCUACCGCUGUGGGCCCUGUCCCCCUGGCCUGCAGGGCAACGGCACCCACUGCACUGACAUCAAUGAGUGUGCUCAUGCUGACCCUUGUUUUCCGGGCUCCAGCUGCAUCAACACCAUGCCUGGCUUCCACUGUGAGGCCUGUCCUCGAGGCUACAAAGGCACCCGGGUGUCUGGUGUGGGCAUUGACUACGCCCGGGCCAGCAAACAGGUCUGCAAUGAUGUUGAUGAAUGCAAUGAUGGUAACAAUGGUGGCUGUGACCCAAACUCCAUCUGCACCAAUACCGUGGGCUCUUUCAAGUGUGGUCCCUGUCGCCUGGGCUUCGUGGGCAACCAGAGCCAGGGCUGCCUUCCAGCCCGGACGUGCCGCAGCCCAGCCCACAGCCCCUGCCAUGUCCACGCACACUGUCUCUUUGAACGCAAUGGUGCAGUGUCCUGCUCGUGUAAUGUGGGCUGGGCCGGGAAUGGGAACGUGUGUGGGCCUGACACGGACAUUGAUGGCUACCCAGACCAGGCGCUGCCCUGCAUGGACAACAACAAACACUGCAAACAGGACAACUGCCUUUUGACACCCAACUCUGGGCAGGAAGAUGCUGAUAAUGAUGGUGUGGGGGACCAGUGUGAUGAUGAUGCUGAUGGGGAUGGGAUCAAGAAUGUUGAGGACAACUGCCGGCUGUUCCCCAACAAGGACCAGCAAAACUCAGAUACAGAUUCAUUUGGUGACGCCUGUGACAACUGCCCCAAUGUUCCCAACAAUGACCAGAAGGACACAGAUGGCAAUGGGGAAGGAGAUGCCUGUGACAACGACGUGGAUGGGGAUGGCAUCCCCAAUGGAUUGGACAAUUGCCCUAAAGUCCCCAAUCCCCUACAGACAGACAGGGAUGAGGAUGGGGUGGGAGAUGCCUGCGACAGCUGCCCUGAAAUGAGCAAUCCUACCCAGACAGAUGCAGACAGCGACCUGGUGGGGGAUGUCUGUGACACCAAUGAAGACAGCGAUGGGGAUGGACAUCAGGACACAAAGGACAACUGCCCACAGCUGCCCAACAGCUCCCAGCUGGACUCAGACAAUGACGGACUUGGAGAUGAGUGUGAUGUGGAUGAUGACAAUGAUGGUGUCCCAGAUUAUGUGCCUCCUGGUCCUGAUAACUGUCGCCUGGUACCAAAUCCAAAUCAGAAGGACUCAGAUGGCAAUGGCGUUGGUGAUGUGUGUGAGGAUGACUUUGACAAUGAUGCAGUCGUUGACCCCCUGGAUGUGUGCCCUGAAAGUGCAGAGGUAACCCUCACAGAUUUUCGGGCCUAUCAGACCGUCGUCCUGGAUCCUGAGGGUGAUGCUCAGAUUGACCCAAACUGGGUCGUGCUCAACCAGGGCAUGGAAAUCGUUCAAACCAUGAAUAGUGAUCCCGGCCUGGCAGUUGGAUAUACAGCCUUCAAUGGUGUGGACUUUGAAGGCACCUUCCAUGUGAACACAGUGACUGAUGAUGACUAUGCAGGCUUUCUCUUCAGCUAUCAGGACAGCGGCCGCUUCUACGUGGUCAUGUGGAAACAAACGGAACAGACCUACUGGCAGGCCACACCUUUCCGGGCUGUGGCCCAGCCCGGGCUGCAGCUCAAGGCAGUGACAUCAGUGUCUGGCCCAGGUGAGCACCUCCGGAAUGCUCUGUGGCAUACUGGCCACACCCCUGAUCAGGUACGACUGCUGUGGACUGACCCACGAAAUGUGGGCUGGCGUGACAAGACCUCCUACCGCUGGCAGCUGCUGCACCGGCCUCAAGUUGGCUACAUUCGGGUGAAGCUCUAUGAGGGUCCCCAGCUAGUGGCGGAUUCUGGGGUGAUCAUUGACACAUCCAUGCGAGGGGGGCGUCUUGGUGUAUUCUGCUUCUCCCAAGAAAACAUCAUUUGGUCCAAUCUCCAGUAUCGAUGCAAUGACACAGUGCCCGAGGAUUUUGAGCCAUUCCGGAGGCAGCUGCUCCAGGGAAGAGUGUGAAGAUGUGGCCACCGGACUCAGAAUCCUGAUUUUAGACCCUUUGACCUUGGGGUCCAUUCUGGAGACCCUGGGGUCUAAUAUACAGCCCCUCAGCCAAACACAGACCCUCCUCUGGCACCCACCAGGAGUUCAGCUCCAGAGGGGUGGUGACCCCACUGUUCAGGAGAUGGGAAGUUUUCAAGGGGUAUUUCUCAGGCACUAACCCCACGAAAGAUAACAGCACAUUGCCAUAAAGUUCCAGUUGUUUUCUAA